CAUAAACUAGUUGUAUAACCAAGUAACUAGUUAGCCAUGAAAACAGCAAAGGCUUCUUUCAUUCUAACUCUUCUCUUCUUCUUCUUCUUCUUCUUCCUAUUUUUAUCCUCCUCAGUAGAGUCCAUUACUGAGAAAAAAGCCCUUCAUAAGCCAUGCAAAACCCUGACACUCUAUUUCCAUGACAUCAUCUAUGACGGAACCAAUGCCAAUAAUGCUACUUCAGCCAUUGUUGCAGCACCUGCAGGGGCUAACCGGACUACCCUUUCCGGUCUCAUGCACUUCGGAGACGUUGUAGUGUUUGAUGACCCUAUAACCAUGGAUAACAACCUCCAUUCUCCUGCUGUAGGACGUGCUCAAGGGUUAUAUUUGUAUGAUAGGAAGGAUGUGUACACAUCUUGGUUUGGGUUCUCAUUUGUUUUUAACUCCACUGAACAUAAGGGUACCCUAAACUUCAUCGGUGCGGAUCCAUUGAUGGAGAAGACAAGAGAAGUGUCCGUCGUCGGAGGCACCGGAGACUUCUUCAUGAGUAGGGGAGUGGCGACAUUAACUACUGAUGCGUUUGAGGGGUCUGUGUAUUUUAGGCUUCGUGUGGAUAUCAAGCUCUAUGAAUGUUACUAGCUUGCAAUUGUAUGGAAUACGUAUAUAUGUUACGUAGAACCAUGAAGAGAGCAGAGAUGCUUAUAAUUACUUGCUUGCUGAUUUUUAUCUUUUUUAUAAAAAGUUCUUGCUUGCUGAUUUGAAUAAUGUAUUUCUUUAUUAAUGUUACUUUCGAUUUCUUAUGAAUCAAUAAUAUAUAUGAAGCUUAUUUA